AUGAUUACUGUUCGAUAUUGGUUACAACGACUUUUUAAUAUAGUUUUUAAAUAUGCUGAGUUUGAUGAUAUUAUAUUUAAUCCAAAAAUGAUCAAUUUAUUAUUUGAUAACGACAAAACAAUUCUUAAGCAAUUUUAUGCUCAAAACUUCAAAUUAAUGGCUAGAAAUGUUAUAAACGAAAAUAUUUUUGAAUUCGCUUUGAAACAUUUUGAAAUUUACGGGCAACUUGAAAUUGUUCUUAGGCAGGACAACAUUAUUGAAAAAUAUAUUGAUAUUUUAUUCAAUAUUAUAAUAAAUGAAGGCAAUAAAUUACCUAAAGUCAUUUUCCGUAUUAGGCCUUCAAGACUUUAUGACCGUAUUAUUGAAUAUGUAACAACAUCUAAAAAUGUCUCAAAUAUUGUGCCUACUAUUCUUUUGAAUUGUUGUAUAAUACCAAAUUUUAAAUUGAACGAAAGAGCAGAAAAAAUUGAAAAUAUACGGAAAUAUGGUUUAGAAGCUACAAAAUAUCAAAUUUCCAAUUUUUAUCACCCAAAAGCGAAAUUUUCAUUUUUUCAUCGAGAUAAUAUAGGCAAAUUUGGACAUGAAUCAUCUCUUGUGGUUGAAAUCAAAAAAUUGGAAGAGCAGAAUUAA